CGUAUAUGUUUUCAGAGCUGCUUGUCAUGUGAGGCCAGUGAUUGUCAAAACAUUUAGAGAAAUUGGCGUUUAAGCACAUCGAAAUAUUUUAAGUUCUGCUAGAUUAAAUAGCCAAAAUGCUCUCGCGGUUAUUAAAAGAACACCAAGCGAAACAAAACGAGAGGAAAGAGCUGCAAGAAAGACGAAGACGAGAAGCGAUAGCAGCUGCAACAUGUUUAACAGAAGCUCUGGUGGAUCAUCUCAAUGUAGGUGUGGCGCAGGCCUACGUCAAUCAGCGCAAACUGGACCAUGAGGUGAAGACGCUGCAGGUUCAGGCUGGUCAGUUUGCCAAGCAGACGGCGCAGUGGAUCAAUAUGGUGGAGAACUUCAACCAGGCCUUAAAGGAAAUUGGAGACGUGGAGAAUUGGGCGCGAAGUAUCGAGAUGGACAUGCGGACGAUUGCCACGGCUCUGGAAUAUGUGCAUAAAGGCCCGGCCCAGCCGGCGUCUUCAUGAACAGACAGACUCUUAAGGUCCAAAGUGGACCAAUACACUGAAACCAUUGAUGAAACCUAGACUCUCAUUUACUCUAGUGAAGAACUGCUGGGACGCCUGUUGAUUAAUUUACGGUUUGUUUUUAUUUGUGUUUUAUAUCAUAUCAUAUGUGUUUGCGUAAUAAAAAAGUGCCAUAAUUGUUGCA